ACGAAACUGAAGACACUGGAUUUCCCAAGAAAUUAUUCGCUUGAUAGGACAUACAGAUACCUCGGUUUGAAUUUGAUGGCAGUUUCUGUAGUCACGGUCGACACACUUCAGUUUUUUUGCAUAAUAUAUCUAAGGAUAAUUACCAGACUGAGCUUUACUUUAAUCCAGACAAUACUGAUUCGUGAACGUCGGCACACUCCGAAGACCAGAUAAAAAAAUGUCUCAAUCCAAACCGCUCCUCAUCCCAUGGCUGCGCGAACAGAUAAAUAGUGGCCAGUAUCCAGGGGUUACCUGGACCAAUCAGGAGAGAACAGAGUUCUGCAUCCCUUGGAAACACGCUUUGAGGCAGGAUUCCUGCAGCGAUGAUGUACUUAUUUUCAAGGCGUGGGCUGAGGUUAGCAAUGGUAGGGUUCAAGGCGACCCCUCCAUUUGGAAGAGAAACUUCCGUUCUGCCCUCCGAGCCAAGGGGUUCAAAAUGCUCCUUGACAACAAAAAUGAUGCAGCCAACCCCAACAAACUGUUCCAGUGGCCAGAUGAGGCAUCCACGGGAGGAUCUCAGCACCCAGAACAUGAUCUGUAUCAAGAUCCCAGUCCAUUACAAGAAAGUCUAACAUUUUUGAAUGACCUUUACCAUGCAGCAGAAGAAACUGUACACACAGCAGAGGGGAUCUCAACCACUUUCAACCAGGAUAUACUUCAGGAAUGUCUGCAAGGGUUGAACAUUGAACAAACAGGUGGGAGCCAACCGUUCCAAUGUGGCACUCUAGACCAGGGGUCUCCAACAGAGGCUAUUCAGGUUUAUGAACUCCCCAUCGAGGAACGGCAAUAUCCAAUGGAGGGCGCGAUCGGAGGGCAUGAUUUGGUAGGGCAACAGAAGUAUCCGGUUGUAAUGGAGGAUGCAUCGGGAGGAGCCGUGUUGCCCCCGCAACCGGUGUAUCCAAUGGAUGGAGCCGUUGGUGGUGCCCAUGAACAGCAGGUGGUGGAGCAGUUCACAAAUGAAUUGUCCAGAACCAUGGUGGGCGAAAAUUUUAAGACUCACUUCAGGGUUUCUGUAUACUACCGGGGAGUGAAGAUGCUUGAGCAGCUGGUUGAGAACGAGGCAGGGUUCAGAUUAGUCUACAGACCUGAACUUACACAACCGCUUCUGGACCCAGACUCUGGCCUGAAUCUGGUCUCUCUGCCCAGUCCACCACCUGUCCAGGACGAAACUCAGGCCAAACUGACCCAAGAAAUCCUGUCUCUCCUGGGAGAGGGCCUGGAGGUGGGUGCCUCCGGGUCCAUUAUCUACGGACUCCGUAAGGGUGGAAUUAAGGCCUUCUGGAGCCUUGACAAGUUUGACAAGAGCAGGAGGCCCCAGGCAGUGUCCAAAUACCCGGAACGACUAUAUCAGGCCAAGGACUUCUAUGGAGGGCUGUUGAAGUUCAUGCACAAUCAUGGAGGAGAAUGUCCCCCCUUUUCUCUAUUCUUCUGUCUGGGUGAGAAGUGGCCAGACCCGGACAACAGACCCUGGGAGAAGAAACUGGUCAUGGUCGAGGUGGUGUUAACCGCUCUGGAGCUACUGAAGUCAAUAGCGGUGGAAGGUGGUGCCUCCUCUCUGCAGUCUGUGGAACUGCAGCUGUCCUUGCAGGAGUCCCUGCAGGAGAUGAUGGACUUGUGCUAAAGAGGGACUGAUCSACCUACUGUAUAAGGGUUCGCUGUGGAAAAUGUACAAAUUCUGAGUAUCCCUUCUAUCAUAAUGUUUACUAUUUUGUAUGACCAUAUUUGAUCAACUGUUCAGUACCAAAACAACAGUAUGUGAGGGGGAAUGGGUUAAAUAAGCAUUUACGUUUAAUGUCUAAUAGGGAACCUCACUAUGUUUUGUUUUUUUCAAUGAUACUGUAAUCAACGAGGCAUGCGGGGUUUUAAAUUGCAACUAUUUUGGUCACGUAUGCUCCUUAAUAUUUUGCUGUGCGACCUGGAUUUUUUAUUUGGGAGCACCAGUGUGCCUAGAAAAAUAAUCACGCAGAUAAUUGUUGUAAUGAUUAGACUUCACUGUACCAUUGUUUCCUAUUGCCUUAGAGAGAGACUGGCCCAAUGCUCCUACGCCAGGCUACCUGCAAUUGUUUUGUUUUGUUGAUUGCACACGUAGACUAUAGAAACUCCGCUAACCAAACAACAGUCUAUGUAUUGCAGUAGGUGCAUGUCGCUACACUCAAAAUUUACAUUUCUUUGAUUUUUCCUGACCUCAAAAGUGCCCUCAUGACGUGGUUUAAUUUGGGACAAAAUGGAAUUAGGCAAAAAAAAUGCCCAAACUAUGUAGAAACCUACUCAUGUAAUUUCAAUGACAGGUAUUUGUAUCAAUUUUAGCUUUUUUUUAUAAUAAACAAAUGUGUUUACAGGGUUACCUAUUAGUUUCUAGGGCACGACAUGUGCUUCAGAAGUAGUUUGAAUUCGUGUAGGCUAUAUCCACUUUUCUGGUGCUCUUAAAUGUUAUGCUGUGCUCCUAACUUUUUCAAGUUGCGAGCACCAGUUCAGGAUUAUUAAUUGAGGAAAAACAUCAAAUCAAGCACAGUUAUUAUCUAUCUAAACUAGAGAUGUAAUGCAUAGGCAUGGCAUCUAGUUCACUUAAGUCUUAAUAAAUUACUGUGAUAUGGUACAAUGGAUUUCACAACUUUAUUUAAAGGUCUACUGGCCAAUAGUAUGUAUGUAUGUAUGUAUGUAUGUAUGUAUGAGAUUGAAUGCAUCACUCAUCAUAACUAUCUCAUCUCGUUUUCAAAAACCCACUCUUUCAUAAGACAAGACUUAACUGUAUGCUGCGAUGAGACUAAUUCAGACUACAAUAAAUAAAAAUACCUUUUAAAAUGUGUU